AUGGCGUCGCUGGGCGGCCAGAACCAUGAUUUCCGACUGCCCGUCCCUCCACCUCUUCUUCACACCCGCUCCAGCAACGACGUGCACGAGCAGCCCGGAACGCCCAAUGGCGAAAACGAUGCCUUCAUCUCACCCGUCCAGACGCCGCAGGGCAGCCCAAGCAAGAACAAGAUGCCACCUGGCGCGUUUGAUCUCCCAAACGUCUUUUCCAAUGCCAUGAAGCUGCUCCCGAUUCAAGGACAAUCCAACCACGGCGCCUUGCAAGCCAAGCAGCAAGCCCCUGGUACGCCCAACAAGCACGACUACGAUCCGUUUGGCGGUCAGGACACAAAGGCCGGGGCUCCAGGAAGCCCCACGCGCAAGAAUGGCAAGGAGAACACGCCACCAACACAUCGCCCACAACCACAUCAGACACAGAGCUUCAUCACGCAGGCUGCCGCUAGCAGACAGGAGCCGUACCGUCAGCGUGAAGAUCACUCGCCGACACGUCAGAACAAGACAAUAUCCGGCGGGCUCACCCCCGACGAGAUCGAAAAGUUGCAGCAGCCCAGCAUUAAGAGACUGGCGAACGUGACCCAGCUGUACUUUCUCGAUUACUACUACGACCUGCUCUCGUACGUGCACAACCGCCAGCAGCGACUUCAGGCAUUCAAGACGCACAAUGCGCCCCCCACACCAUCCAUGCCCACGGAAGAAGCCGAUGAAUACAACCGCCGGUGGACACAGUAUCUGGGGCGAGAGCGCGCGACACUUCGGAAGCGACGCACUCGUUUGAGGCAUGGCGACUUUCAGAUUCUUACCCAGAUUGGUCAAGGAGGCUACGGUCAAGUCUAUCUCGCUUCUAAAAAGGACACACGCGAAGUCUGCGCGCUGAAGAUCAUGAGCAAGAAGCUCCUCUUCAAACUUGAUGAAGUUCGACAUGUCUUGACCGAGCGGGACAUUCUGACCAACGCUAAGAGUGAAUGGUUGGUACGUCUACUCUAUGCCUUCCAGGACGACAAGAGCAUCUAUCUCGCUAUGGAGUACGUGCCUGGUGGCGAUUUCCGGACGCUCCUCAACAACACGGGCGUCUUACACAACAGACACGCUCGAUUCUACAUCUCCGAGAUGUUCUUGUGCGUCGACGCGCUGCACACUCUGGGCUACAUUCAUCGUGAUCUCAAGCCCGAAAACUUCCUCAUCGAUGGCACAGGGCAUGUCAAGUUGACAGAUUUCGGCUUGGCCGCCGGCUUCCUUGCGCCAGCCAAGAUCGAAAGCAUGCGCAUCAAGCUGGAGGAAGUCGGAAACAUUCCUUCUUCUGCGAUUCCUUUUGGUCGGCCCAUAGAAGAGCGGUCUCUUCAGGAGCGUCGAGAAGGCUACAGAUCGCUUCGGGAGCGCGAUGUCAAUUACGCCAAAUCGAUUGUCGGCUCACCAGAUUACAUGGCACCGGAAGUGCUCAAGGGUGAGGAAUACGAUUUCACUGUCGACUACUGGUCCCUCGGUGCCAUGCUCUUUGAGGCACUCGCCGGCUACCCUCCGUUCGCGGGAGCCUCUGUCGACGAGACUUGGCAGAAUCUCAAGCGUUGGCAGCAAGUGCUACGGAAGCCAGAGUACGAAGACCCCAACUACUUCCUCUCGCGUCGAACUUGGGAUCUCAUCACCCGUCUCAUCACUGUCAAGAGCAAUCGACUUCGCGGCAUUGAGCAGGUGAAGGCCCACGACUAUUUCCGCGAGGUCGCCUGGGACCGAAUUCGCCAGGAGCGUGCGCCGUUCGUGCCUGAGCUCGACUCUGAAACAGAUGCUGGCUACUUUGACGAUUUCGGCAGUGAGAAGGACAUGGCGAAGUACAAGGAAGUGUUGGACAAGCAAGAAGCCCUCGAGCGUAUGGCUGAUCGUCAAGGAGAGAUGGGUCGUUCGCUGUUCGUGGGCUUCACGUUCAAGUAAGUGUAUACUGACUCCAAGUGAAGAUGAACACACCAACUCACCAUUUCUCAGGCAUCGCAAACCCAACGUGGAUGACAACGGUGCACCGACCAGCCCACGCAAGCCAUUGACCGACAUCAACGAGGACUUUGGCACCAUCUUCUAA